AUGAGUAACCAAAGUUAUCUCGAGUUUCGCGAGCAAAGAAGAGAUCUUCAUCAUCAUUAUGAGAAAAAUCAACAACGUGUGCGAGGACAGGCAUUCGAUUAUGCUGACAGGAAUAAUGAAGGAUCUUUAACAAAACAUCAAUAUAAAAUAGCAAUGACGGCAUUGUUUGGUUACUGCCCUAAUAAAUUGGAGAUAAAUUAUGUUUUUCGCUCUUCUUCACACGAAAAGAUCUCAUUCAAAGAAUUUGAAAAUUGGGUAUUUAAAAAAUAUCCAAUAAAUCAAUUGACGAUUAGUUUAGAAACUAUAUUUGGCUUAAUAGAUAGUGAUAAUAAAGGAUAUUUAACGAUGAUAGAUUUAUGGAAAACCAGUGAAAAUAUUGAUAUGAGAAUAUCACCAUUAGUAUGGUAUAAGACAUUUAAGGAAUUAGAUCAGUUCCAAAAGGGAUAUAUUGAUUUGGCUGAUUUCACAUUCAAUUUUACUAAUAUCAAAAAUAAUAUCAAAUAGUAACAA